GAGCCUAAAGCUUUGUGAAUCUCUCUCUCUCUCUCUCUCUCUCUCUCUCUCUCUCUCUCUCUCUCUCAUGCGAUGAAGAACAAACUUGUACAAAGUUCACCAGCAAUUUCUUCACACCCAAAACUGCAAUUCAAUGCUCAGAUGGCGCAUCUGCAAAACCUUGUCACCUGUUUUCUUAUCUUUUGCUCCGGUUUAGCCCUCGGACUUACUCUCAGUUUCUACCUCAGAGAUUUCUCCUUCAACCUGAAACUCAACCAGCUCCUUCUUCCAAUAUCUCCUAAAAUGUCAUCAUCUUCUCCUUUCCUCUCAUUCAAAACUGCCAACACGAAUCUCAGCAGCCGCGUUGGGUUGACAGAGUUUUUGAAACCACCCCAUCAUGUUAUGCACGACAUGGAAGACAAAGAGUUGCUUUGGAGGGCUUCGAUGGUUCCUAGGAUUCUUGAAUACCCAUUCAAGCGCACCCCAAAAGUUGCAUUCAUGUUUUUGACAAAAGGGCCUGUGCUGUUGGCUCCACUCUGGGAGCUGUUCUUUAAAGGAGUACAUGAAGGUCUGUAUUCUAUAUAUGUGCACCCAAAUCCUUCUUUCAAUGGAACAGUGCCCCAAGGCUCUGUCUUUCAUGGCCGGAGGAUCCCGAGCAAGGCCGUGAGAUGGGGAGAUUUUAACAUGUUGGAGGCGGAGCGCCGCCUGCUAGCCAAUGCGCUUCUGGACAUGUCGAACCAACGUUUCGUGCUUCUCUCGGAGUCAUGCAUUCCUCUGUUUAAUUUCUCGACGAUCUACAACUAUCUCGUAGGCUCGAAAACAACCUUCGUGGAGGCCUAUGAUUUACCAGGCCCAGUGGGCCAAGGCCGAUAUAGCCCUAAAAUGAGUCCCACGAUCACUCUCGAGCAAUGGCGGAAAGGCGCCCAAUGGUUUGAGAUGGACCGUGAGCUUGCCAUUGAAGUAAUUUCGGAUAAAAGAUAUUUUCCAAUAUUUGGAAGGCAUUGCAAGAACGCUUGUUAUUCGGAUGAGCAUUACUUGCCCACAUUUGUUAGCAUCCAUUUUUGGAAGAGGAAUUCAAAUAGGACUUUGACUUGGGUUGACUGGUCAAAGGGUGGACCCCACCCAGCAAGGUUUAUAAGAACAGAUGUGACCAUUGAUUCUUUGGAGAGGUUAAGGAAUGGUAGCCAAUGUGAGUACAAUGGGAAGAGAACCAAUAUCUGCCAUUUGUUUGCAAGGAAGUUCACUCUCCAUGCUUUGGAUAGGCUGUUGAGAUUUGCUCCAAAGGUUAUGCAAUUCAGUUGAUAAUGGCAUAGAUAGGAUGAUCUUUGAACAACAUUCAUCAAAUACACACAGACAUAGUCAGUUUUUAGGGCACAAAAAGAAGUGCCUUAAAAUGUUUGUACUAAUGAUUUUUUGAUUGUUACUUUUUACGCUACUAUACUUGUUUAGAUCAUGAUUUAACUUGGUUAAUAAUUGUGCAUACAGACAGCUUAAAUAAGAUUUCUCUAGUUAUUUGAUGGAA